AUGCUAGCGUCCUUCGCCUCCGGCACCUCGGACUUCUUCCAAAAGCGCCGUCGUGGUCUGACUUGGGUCGUCGGUACGAUCGGUGGGGCUUACCUCGUCGGGCAGUGGGGGAUGAAGAAGAUGGGCGAGUUCGCGGAACGGCAGAGGAAGGAAGGCAUCGAGAAGGACAAGUUGAGUUAUAUGUUUUUGCAUCAACAAGGGGCACGCGUAUCUUGCGUAUCUUGGUAGAGGGGACGACCUGGAGAGCUGACGCUGUUCGAGUCUACCAACCGAUCGAGCAGUCUUUCCAAACGAUUCAACCUCAACCUCCAAGAUUCACAAUUCACAGUACUAGCUUUAUUACCAACCGUCGCACGACAAGUUCUGGACGAAUACGACGUCGACGCGUGCUGGAAGGGAUUGAGAACGAUCGCCGACCGGGCCAAGCAAGACUCGGAACGAAAGCAGCGGGAGGAACAGGAACGGAACGAGACUGAGAAGAGGAAGGUGGAAGGUACUUGGGCUGAAGUCGUCAAAGGGGAUGAAGGCAAAGAAGAGAGUUCGACGGUGGGGGAGUCGGAGGAGCAGCACAAAGCGAAUGGGACUUGGGCUGAAGUGGUCAAGGAAGCGAACAACGGAGAAGCAGCGGCUGCAGAUGGAAUUCAGGCCAAGAGUGGACUCGUAGACGUCGAAGACAAGGCACCGGAGACUUGGGCCGAAGCUGUCAAGGGACAUGCAGCAGGGCAGGCGACUGCGGGUGGAAGUGGCACCGCCGCCGAGGCCUACACCGUCGGACAAACCCAACAGAACGCUUCAACCUCUGGGGAACUGGCUCAAGAGCCUCAACCGGCCUCGGCUUCAUCAGAGACUGUCGCACCCACCGCCGAGACAACGCACACAGACAACGGCAUGGGCGAGUCUACCGCAGGAUUGAGCAAAAGUUGGGCACAGGUUGUGGUCAAUGGGGAGGGGCAGCCCGUUGAGAAGGAUCAAGAGGUUCGUCACAUGGUACUACUGUAUCGUUGAUUGUGUGAACUCACGAUGCCUUCGAGAGGACUUGCACAGAAUCCGACAACAUUCUCCGAAAUCGUGGGUGUAGCAGAGGCGGAACCCAAACUUCCGCUGCGGACACGAGCUGAGCUUUGGAACGACAUCAAACUUCUGUGUGCGCUCUCACCCAUUCGUGAUCGUAUAUGUGCGAUGUGCUGAUCUCGUCGUACGGAUCACAGCCUUCACUCGCACCAUCACCUCAAUCUACGUUCUCACUUUGAUGACACUGCAAACGCACGUACAGCUCUCACUGCUGGGUCGAUCAGCUUACGUCGCCUCUGUCGUGUCGACACUCAGUGUACCUUCUGCCCUCGACAAAGCCGAAGAUGACAUCGUCGUUGAAUUCAACACCGAUCGGGAUCUGGAGAUGGCCCUCUACGGCGAGAAGGCACAGACGUCGGAUCAAGUCGUCGGCGUCAGCAAAGAUACGGAGCGCAAGUACCUAACCUUUAGUUGGUGGUUGCUGCACGAAGGGUGGAGAUUGGUUGGUGAUCGAGUGCAACGGGCUGUGAAUAAGGUCGUGGGGCCUAUGGGUCUCAAGUCGCCGAUUGUGUAUGGCGAACUGUCGACGCUGUUGGACCAGAUUCGGAACCAGAUCGAGACCGAUGAGGACGGGACGAUGUUCGAGUAAGUGACUUGACAGGUUUAUCUUGGUAUUUGCCGCACCAAAUGGGACUGAUUCGACUUUGCGCCCCUGAAUAGCUUCUCAGCCGUCUUAUUCCCCAGUUCGCUCGAGGACGAGGUGAAGACCCUCACAGCCGGCGGGAUCCCCACCAUCUCUGCGACGAUCAACCCCGAGUUGCGUCGACUGCUCUCUGAAACCCACGACUGUCUCGACUCGUCCGAUGGUCAGCUCGUGCGACAACGACUGCUCGACGCGAUGUUCACGCGCCUCGUCCUCGGGUUGGAAGCGCCCUUCCAAUCGCCCGUCGCUUCGAUGGGCCAAGGUAGUCGUUUCGAAGACGUCACCGAAAGGAGCACGAUCUUGGCCAAGUUGUUGCCUGUUCUCGCUCAGCACAGUCACAAUGUGCUGAGUGGAAUGUCGAAUGAAUACGUCGAGGUCAGUUGGAGGUGUCUACCUGGCGACUCAGGCUGUUUGACUGACCGACCAUUCUUGUUCUCCGCUCUUCCCUUUAUAGGCUAUGGAAGACGUGCGGGAACUCCGGGAAUUCUCGGCCAUAAUUUACGCCUCGUUCGAUCGGGAGAACGUUCGAGAGACAUGCUGA